AUGACAGCCAAGUCUCCAGAAGCUAAAGAUACCAUAGUUACUGUGGCGCCGCAGCAGCAAUCCUCCGGCGAUGCUGACGAGGGGCAUUUAUCAGUUACUGGUGUUCAAAAGAGCCGCGCAUCAAAGCUGGCCCGUAAGAUUUGGGGCGAUGAUGCGCGAGAGCGCAAGUACCUCCGGAAAGUCGAUGGCAUUUUUUUUUCGUACGUCUUGUUGGGCUACUUUAUCAAGUAUCUUGACCAGGAAAAUUACAGCAAUGCAUUUGUCAGCGGAAUGAAGGAAGAUCUCGAGCUCUACGGCAACGAGAGAAAUCUCUUAAACACAUUCUUCAACAUCGGCAUCAUCAUCGGUACAGUACCAAGCCAGAUGAUUCAGCUGAAGUAUGUCCGACCAUCGAUCUGGAUCCCGUCCUGUGAACUGGCUUGGUCGAUCCUGGUCAUGCUCAUGGCUACCGCGAAGAAGGUCGAAACCAUCUAUGCCCUCCGAUUUUUCGUCGGCCUUCUGGAGUCUUGUGCCUUUCCCGGCUACGCCGCUAUCCUCGGCAGCUGGUACAGGCCCUCCCAAUUGGCAAAGCGCAUGGCGUUAUUCGAGCAGAGCAGCGGCAUAGCCGGCAUGUUCAGUGGCUACCUGCAAGCGGGUCUGUACACGGGCCUGAACGGCACAGCCGGGCUGGCUGGCUGGAGAUGGCUCUUCGUUUUCGAUGGCAUCAUAUCGAUCCCCAUCGCUAUUUGGGGCUUCUUCGCGAUUCCAGAUCUUCCGAGCAAUACGCGAGCGUUCUAUCUGAAUGCAGACGAUCGCGCCUACGGCACCCAGCGCAUGGAGAGGAUCGGACGCAAACCUCCCAAGAAACUCACAUGGAAAGCUCUCAAAGAAGUCUAUACAGGCUGGCAAAUCUGGGCGUUUAUCGUACCAUACCUGAUGGUAGCCGAAGCCUACAUGGGCCGCAGCUUCUUCAAUCUCUAUCUGAAAGACCGAGGCUACUCCGUCGUGCAGACCAACAUCCUGCCCACCGCCGGCAACGCCGUCAGCAUCGUCGCGGCCUUCGUUUUCGGCUGGCUGUCGGACGCCGCCGGAUCGCGCCUGCUCGUGGUCAACGUCGUGCAAGCGAUCGUGCUCGUGUCCAACAUCAUAAUGGUGGUGUGGCACGUGCCGGAAGCGGCGCUCAUGGCAGCGUUUUACCUCGCGUACGUGGGAAGCGCAGCACAGCCUGUCGUCAUUUCUUGGGGCCAUGAGAUCACCCAGCACAAUGCCAACUUGCGGCAGUUGCUCGUGGCGACGGGUAACAUAUUCACGUAUGCGUUUGGCGCCUGGGUUCCCGUCGUGCUAUUCCCUACGCAGGAUGCUCCGCAUUACAAGUAUGGCUAUCAGUUCUUGAUCGCGUUCGGACUUCUGGCUGUCGGAGGGAUGUACCUGCUUGAUUAUCUGUACAAAUGGGACAGGUCGUUAUCACGUUCUACUCAAUUAGGGUGCAACGCUGACACGCAAAUAGAAGACGUCACCCCGAGAGGUACCGAAACGUUGAAGACGAAUCUGAAGAGCCAGUAUCUCGAGAGCCAGCGAGUGUGA